UUGUGCUUUUUUCUCCGUGAAGUUCACAGCUCGACGCUAUGGCAAGAACCAAGCAGACCGCCCGUAAAUCCACUGGUGGCAAAGCGCCCAGGAAGCAGCUCGUCACUAAGGCUGCUCGCAAGAGCGCCCCGGCUACCGGCGGCGUGAAGAAGCCUCACCGUUACAGGCCCGGCACCGUGGCUCUGAGGGAGAUCCGCCGUUAUCAGAAGUCUACUGAGCUGCUUAUCCGCAAGCUGCCCUUCCAGCGCCUGGUCAGAGAAAUCGCUCAGGAUUUCAAGACCGACUUGCGUUUCCAGAGCUCGGCCGUCAUGGCCUUGCAGGAGGCUAGCGAGGCAUACCUGGUCGGUCUGUUCGAGGACACCAACCUGUGCGCCAUUCAUGCCAAGAGAGUGACCAUCAUGCCUAAGGACAUCCAGCUGGCCCGCCGUAUUCGCGGAGAGCGCGCUUAAACCUCAAUUCUGUCUAAUGUACACAAAGUCUCUUUUAAGAGCCACCA